CUCCCACUUCCUGGUCAGCCCCGGAAGCCAGCGGCGCUGGGGAGGGGCGGGGGAGAUAGCGGCGCCAGCUGCCCCAGCCCUCAGAGACCGCGGGAAGGGAGGGCGGGGGGACGACCCCCCACCGUUCCUACCGCGAUGGGCCCGGCCUUCCACCCCCACCGCCCCUCCACCGGCCGGGGCUAGGAUACCCCCAAGUCCUGUCGCCCCCUUGGCACCGACACCCCGGCCGAGAGACACAGCCAGCCGCCGCCACCGCCGCCGCAGCCCGGCUGGGGAGGGGGCCGCCCCCGGGCCCCCCACCCCUCUGAGGGCUCUGGCUACAAGGGACCCCAUCCGUCUGUCUGUCUGUGGGUCGGUCGGUCAGUCAGUCGUCGCCAGUGUCAACUGUGACCAGAAUGGAGCUGUGGCCCGGGGCAUGGACGGUGCUGCUGCUGCUGCUGCUGCUUCUGCUGCCCACCCUGUGGUUCUGUGCCCCCAGUGCCAAGUACUUCUUCAAGAUGGCCUUUUACAAUGGCUGGAUCCUCUUCCUGGCUGUGCUCGCCAUCCCUGUGUGUGCUGUGCGGGGGCGAAACGUUGAGAACAUGAAGAUCUUGCGUCUAAUGCUGCUCCACAUCAAGUACCUAUACGGGAUCCGAGUGGAGGUCCGAGGGGCUCACCACUUCCCUCCCUCACAGCCCUACGUCGUGGUCUCCAACCACCAGAGCUCCCUCGACCUGCUCGGGAUGAUGGAGGUGCUGCCAGGCCGCUGUGUGCCCAUUGCCAAGCGUGAGCUGCUGUGGGCGGGCUCUGCUGGGCUGGCCUGCUGGCUGGCCGGAGUCAUCUUCAUCGACCGGAAGCGCACGGGAGACGCCAUCAGUGUCAUGUCUGAAGUCGCCCAGACCCUGCUCACCCAGGACGUGAGAGUCUGGGUUUUUCCCGAAGGAACAAGAAACCACAAUGGCUCCAUGCUGCCCUUCAAACGUGGCGCCUUCCAUCUUGCAGUACAGGCCCAGGUUCCCAUUGUGCCCAUAGUCAUGUCCUCCUAUCAAGACUUCUACUGCAAGAAAGAGCGCCGCUUCACCUCAGGGCGGUGUCAGGUGCGGGUGCUGCCCCCGGUGCCCACGGAAGGGCUGACACCAGACGACGUCCCCGAGCUGGCUGACAGAGUCCGGCACUCCAUGCUCACCAUCUUCCGAGAAAUCUCCGCUGCUGGCCGGGGAGGUGGUGACUGUCGGGAGAAGCCCGGGGCGCUGGGCGAGGCCCGGCUCUGA